CCUACAACGUGUGCGACAGGGGUAACAACAUGCGGGACGGGUUAUGGUGCCUAUAGUUAACAUGUGAAAUGAGAAACCCAUUACUUUAAUCGUUUUUAUUUAACCAAUUACUCCAAAUAGGGAGGUCCCUAUUGGCAAUAUGGCGAACUCAAACCUUCAAUUUAAAACAAAUUUUGCUGUUUCCAGUAAAAUCGAGCCGUUUUACAAAGGAGGAAAGGUGCAGAUCAGCAAAGAUGAGAAGUACGUGUUCUGCACGUGUGGAUCUCGUGUCAAUGUUUUGGAAAUAAGCACAGGAAAGAUCAUCCACUCUUUGGAACAUGAUGAUCAAGAGGAUAUCACCUCAUUUUCUCUAAGCUGUGAUGAUGAGCUGCUGGUGACAGCCAGCAAAGCUUUGUUAUUGAAGCAGUGGGACUGGAAGCAGGCUAAAUGCACCCGCUCGUGGAAGGCCAUCCAUACCAUCCCUGUGGCUAGCAUGACCUUUGACUCCACCUCCACCCUGCUUGCCACAGGUGGUUGUGAUGCCACAAUAAAAGUUUGGGAUGUGGUGAAGCAGUACUGCACACACAACCUUAAAGGAUCAUCUGGCGUUGUACACUUGGUCCAGUUUCACCCUGACAUCAGCCGACUGCAGCUGUUCUCCUCGUCCCUGGACUGUAGCAUUCGGCUGUGGGACCUGCGCUCCAGCCAGUGUAUUUGCGUCCUGCAGAGCCACUACAGCGCCGUCACCUCUCUAAGCUUCAGCAGAGACGGUGACACCAUGGUCAGUUCUGGGAGGGAUAAAAUCUGCACCGUUUGGGACCUCAAAUCCCAACAGGCUAAAAGAACUGUUCCUGUUUAUGAGGCUGUAGAGGGGGUCGUGCUGCUGCCUGAGAAGACAGAUUUAUCUGAGAUUGGAGUAAAAAGCAAAAACGAGCUUUUCGUUACAGCUGGCAGCAAAGGUGUGCUAAGAGUGUGGGAGGCCAACACUGCUCGCUGUGUUUAUACCCAGACCCUUCCCUCGACCCUCACUCCUUCCUCUGAGGAUGAGGACGACGACAACCCUCGGGGUUUGAUGUACCUUUUCCACUUGCCGGCCUCCUCCAGACUGGCUACAGUCACAGCAGAGCACAACAUCCUCUUCUAUCAGUUUCCCAGUCUCACCACACAGCAGCAGUUUGUGGGUUACAAUGACGAGGUGCUGGAUGUGAAGUUCCUGGGUAAAGAUGACAGUCACAUUGUGGUGGCCACCAACAGCUGUCAGCUGAAGGUUUUCCAGCUGCUCACCAACAGCUGCCAGAUCCUCUACGGACACACAGAUACUGUCCUCACUCUGGAUGUGUUCAAAAAAGGUUCUCUGUUUGCAAGCUGUGCAAAGGACCGAUCGGUGCGCGUCUGGCAAAUGGACAGUGACAGUGGUCAGGUCCGAUGUGUAGCUCAGGGAUCCAGCCAUACCAAUGCUGUUGGCUCCAUCAGCUGCUCCAGGAUGAAGGCUUCCUUCAUUGUGACGGGCAGUCAGGACUGCACUGUGAAGGUGUGGGACCUGCCUGCAGCUUUUCCUGGAAAAGAAAUCCAUCAGCUGGUCCCCCGUACCACAGAGAAAGCACACGAUAAGGAUGUAAACAGUGUUGCAGUGUCUCCUAACGACAAACUGCUAGCCUCUGGCUCCCAGGACCGCACAGCCAAACUCUGGUCCCUAUCAGGAGAUGGACAGCUGGGGCUCCUGGGGGUGUUUCGGGGCCACCGUCGGGGGAUUUGGAGCGUCUGUUUCUCUCCUGUGGACCAGGUCCUGGCUACCUCCUCUGCAGACGGCACAAUCAAACUAUGGAGUCUGCAGGACUUCAGCUGCCUGAAGACGUUUGAAGGCCACGAUGCAUCGGUUCUGAAAGUGAUCUUCGUGAGCCGCGGCACCCAGCUGCUCAGCAGCGGAGCAGAUGGUUUAGUGAAGCUGUGGACUAUAAAGACCAAUGAGUGCGUGAAGACGUUGGACGCCCACCAGGACAAAGUGUGGGGUCUCCAUGGCAGCCGUAAGGACGACAGGAUGGUCACAGGCUCGGCAGACUCAAACAUUACAGUUUGGAUGGAUGUGAGUGAAGUGGAGCUGGCAGAGGAACAGGCCAAACAAGAGGAUCAGAUACUCAAGCACCAGGAGUUGUCCAACCUGCUGCAUGAGAAGAAAUACCUGAAGGCCCUAGGCCUCGCCAUCUCACUAGACCAGCCGCACACAGUGCUAACUGUUGUCAAAGCAAUUCGUCAGACAGAGGACAGCAGUGAGCUGCUGGAAAAGACACUCCUGAAACUACGGGUGGAUCAAAAAGAGUCGCUGCUGCGCUACUGCGUUGUGUGGAACACCAAUGCCAGGAACUGUCUGGAUGCCCAGGCUGUCCUCCAGGUUCUGUUGAAGCACCUGCCCCCCGAGGAGCUGCUGCAAUACCAAGGGGCCCGAACACACCUGGAGGGUCUCAUCCCAUACACAGAGAGACACAUGGAGAGGAUCGGCCGUCUGCUGCAGGCGUCCAUGUUUCUCAACUACAUGUGGCAGAAAAUGAGAGUCGUUGGAUCAUCAUCUGGUAUGGAGCAGGAUGAAGAGAUGGACACCACUCCUCUCACACAGACGAAGCCCUUAUUUUUCAUUGACAAAGAAAAAGAAGACGACAGCCGUAAUGAGAGGGGAGACCAAUGUGAUGACGGUGACAGCGGGCAAGAAGAGGAGCCGUAUUCUUGGAUCAAAAAUGAAAAUGAGCCCUUUGAAGUCAGCGCCUCGAUGAAAGCCUCCUCUAAAAACAGACGGAAGGCAAACGGAAAGCGCAGCCAAGAGUCAGAGAGCGAGGAGAGCUCAGAGGAGGAAGAAAUGGAGGACCACCAUGCAGUGCAGCCGAUAAAACAUGUCCGGAUUUCGCCGCCUCCACAAUGUCUGACUUCAAGCUGACAGGACUGCCGAGACAGACCUCUGGAAAGAAAGCUGUAGAGGUUUUCCUUCUGCAGAUCAUUUACUUGCUGACUGUAGCCAUCAAGGAAACAAAGGGGGAAUUGAUGCAGGCAGCAGGUUUCAACGUUAAUAUCCUCAAUCAGUUCCUCUGUGCAGGUUUGAAAAAAGGAGACAUAAAACAUUGAACCAUUUCGACUUUAUUUUAGGUAACAUCAAAGGACCACAGGUGUCUAAGCCUUGUGCCAGGGCAUUUAUUUACAGGUUUAAAGCAGCACAUAAUCCCUAUAUCUGGGAUUAUAAAUGUACUGCUUCCGUAUGUGACCCAAACUGAAACAAACAUUUCCUAAUGUAGGGAUUCAAGUUGAUUAAUAAAAUAUUUUCACUAUUUUGUUAAAGAAGUAAGCUUAUAUUUUUCAUAUUUUACAUUUGAGUGAUCUUGCUUGAAUAAAAUCAGCUGAUUUGAAUGGAAGAUGUAGGAUUCUUACUGAAUGGGAAUUAAUAAAGUCAAGU